GAGGUGGCUAGCAGCAUGGUGGGAAUAAUGGCAAUGAGGACAUGGAUUGAGCCAGUGGUCGCGGGUUCCCAAGUGGCCAGUGCCUUCUAUGACACAGCACUGCUUCUGGUAGUGAAGAACUACUACAACCAGACCAACAGCACUGCUCCUUCCCAUGUCCUGGAAGAUGCUCAGCAGAAGGCUAUAUCUAAUUUUUAUAUCAUCUACAACCUAGUUCUGGGCCUGAGCCCGCUGGUGUCAGCCUAUGGCUUGUCCAAGCUGGGGGACAGGAUACAUCGGAAGAUCCCCAUCUGCUUCCCUCUUCUUGGUUAUUUGGGUUCCAAAACUCUCCUGCUUCUCCUGAUUCUGCUCGGCUGGCCAGUGGAGGUGAUGUACGGGGCUGCUGCCUUCAAUGGGCUGACAGGAGGCUUCACCACACUUUGGGCAGGCAUCAUGGCUCUGGGAUCCCUGGGGUCCUCGGAAAGUAAGAGAUCUCUGCGGCUCAUCAUUAUUGAACUGGUGUAUGGCCUUGCUGGCUUCCUGGGAAGCAUGGCAUCUGGCUACCUCUUUGUUGGCUUCAGUGACCGCUAUCAAGAAGGCACUGUGCUGGUGUGCUGCAGCAUUGCUUGCUAUGCCUUCUGUCUCCUCUACAGCAUUUUUGUCCUCACAGUCCCCAAGCCAGCAGCUUCCUGCCCAGCCAAAGCCAAGAGUGCAGAGGAGGUUGGUGGUCAGCUACCAGAAGCAGCAGUACCAGGGAGUUCCCAACCUUCACAUGGCAGCAUCUCCACUCCUGUAUCACCCUUGAAAGUCAUCAUCAUCCUGCUGUUUGUGGCAGCAAUCCUCUACGACCUUGCUGUGGUUGGUGCAAUGAACAUACUCCCACUAUUCUUGCUCAGGGAACCUUUAAGUUGGAACGCUGUGGAGAUUGGCCACAGCAAUGCUGCUGGCUACGUGAUCUUCAUUACCAGUUUCCUAGGGGUACUUGUGUUCUCCAGGUACCUGAGAGAUAUUACCAUGAUCAUGAUAGGAGUAGCAUCGUUCAGCGCUGGCAUCCUCAUCAUGGCCUUCGUGCAGUGGACAUUCCUGUUCUACAUUGCACGGGCAGUGAUGCUGUUUGCCCUCAUCCCCUUACCAACCAUCAGGUCCAUGUUGUCCAAGCAUGUUGAAGGAUCAUCCUAUGGUAAGGUGUUUGUCCUGCUGCAGCUGUCUUUAGUCACCACGGGAGUAGUGACAUCUACAGUCUACAACAAGAUCUAUCAAAACACACUGGACUGGUACAGCGGCUUCUGCUUCAUUUUGUCUUUUCUAGUUGGCUGCCUGAGUCUCCUCCCUUUAAGCUUUGUGGCCAUCAAACAACGGUCAACCACUGGCUCCCUUGAGAUUCUGACUGAGUAA